ACGAUUUUCGACCAUCCAUUUUCUUUUCUCAUCACCAUCCCGUUUGUGCUAGAAUUUACACCCAGUUAGUUACACACGUUCACGUUUAAAAAUCAUCAACAUGGCUAACCUAUCGCUCCGUUUGGCCACAAAAAUCGGAAAACAAUUAAACAACACAUUACCCCAGAUAAGCAAGGCUUCAUGGACCACAUCAAAACUCAUCAGUCGAUCAUUACAUAUAACAUGCAGUGCACGAGCUGCAGAAAUUUCUUCCAUUUUGGAAGAAAGAAUUUUGGGAGCUCCACCAAAAGCUGAUUUAGAAGAAACUGGUCGCGUUUUAAGUAUUGGUGAUGGUAUUGCUCGAGUUUAUGGAUUAAAAAAUGUACAAGCAGAAGAGAUGGUAGAAUUUUCCUCUGGAUUGAAGGGUAUGGCUCUCAACUUGGAACCUGACAAUGUAGGAGUUGUAGUAUUCGGUAAUGAUAAGCUAAUCAAAGAAGGUGAUGUCGUAAAACGUACUGGUGCCAUUGUGGAUGUACCAGUUGGUGAAGACCUUCUUGGACGUGUGGUUGAUGCCUUAGGUAAUACUAUUGAUGGUAAGGGACCAUUGACAUCUAAGCUUAGGUACCGUGUGGGUAUCAAGGCCCCUGGUAUCAUUCCUCGUGUGUCUGUACGAGAACCUAUGCAGACUGGUAUUAAGGCUGUCGACUCACUUGUACCCAUUGGUCGUGGUCAGAGAGAAUUGAUCAUUGGAGACAGGCAAACUGGUAAAACUGCUCUGGCUAUUGAUACUAUUAUCAACCAAAAGAGAUUUAAUGACGCCCAAGAUGAAAAGAAGAAACUGUACUGUAUUUAUGUUGCUAUUGGACAAAAAAGAUCAACUGUUGCCCAAAUUGUAAAAAGAUUGACAGACACUGGUGCAAUCAAAUAUACUAUCAUUGUAUCAGCUACAGCUUCUGAUGCUGCCCCCCUGCAAUAUCUGGCCCCAUACUCUGGAUGUGCCAUGGGUGAAUUUUUCAGAGAUAAUGGCAAACACGCUCUUAUCAUCUAUGAUGAUUUAUCUAAACAAGCUGUUGCUUACCGUCAAAUGUCCCUGUUGUUGAGGCGUCCACCUGGUCGUGAGGCCUACCCUGGUGAUGUGUUCUACCUUCACUCUCGUCUUUUGGAACGAGCAGCUAAGAUGAGCGAAACUUUAGGUGGUGGAUCUUUGACUGCAUUGCCCGUAAUUGAAACCCAAGCUGGUGAUGUGUCUGCAUACAUUCCCACUAACGUCAUUUCCAUCACUGAUGGACAGAUUUUCUUGGAAACUGAAUUGUUUUACAAAGGUGUCCGUCCAGCUAUUAACGUAGGUUUAUCUGUAUCUCGUGUCGGUUCUGCUGCCCAAACUAAAGCCAUGAAACAAGUGGCUGGAUCCAUGAAACUGGAAUUAGCUCAGUACCGUGAAGUAGCAGCUUUUGCUCAAUUCGGUUCUGAUUUAGAUGCAGCUACUCAACAACUUUUGAACCGUGGUGUUCGUCUGACUGAAUUGUUGAAACAAGGACAGUAUGUACCAAUGGCCAUCGAAGAACAAGUCGCCGUUGUCUACUGUGGUGUACGAGGAUUCCUUGAUAAAAUGGAACCAUCCAAAAUCACUACUUUUGAAAAAGAAUUCUUACAGCACAUUAAAACCUCCGAAAAAUCAUUAUUGGAAAGCAUUGCAAAAGAAGGAAAAAUCACAGAUGAUACUGAUGCAAAAUUGAAAUCUGUCGUAACUAAUUUCUUAGCUUCAUUCAACGCUUAAGUAUUUUUAUAUGAUUGAUAACAAAACAAGUUAGUUCUCAGAAUGUUUCCAGCUCUUUUUAUAAAAGGGUUCUCAUCGUUAAGCCUACUGUUGUUCAUAGUACCAUAGCUAUUAAAUUUGUAUUUACUUUACCCUUUUAUAUAAAUUGUGAACUACAUUCAAAGAACUGGAUUUCCACAAUAAUUAUAAUUAGUAAUAAAUUAUUUUUUUUGUCUA